AUGAACCAAAAACAACAACCACUAGACCAUCAGGAACCCAAAACAACCACCCCAACCGAACAGGAUAACGAUCAUCAAGAACCUCAACCCACAGCGACAGCCAUCCCCGAAAGUUUACUACGUCGCUUGGAAGGACCUAGCUCAAACAAGGCCGGGCUGCUCAGAGACCCCGAUCAGGUGGCCAAGAUCAUCUACGAAUGCUCCAAAGGAUCAAAGUACUUCUUGAACGAACAAGCCAAAGAUGCACGGCUGACCGCACAAAUCGAACAACUGCGUAUCAAAUUGGACCAGCAACUGGCUAUGAGAAGAGGCAAUUUAGAUUUCGAGCAGCAAGAAGCACAUCAGAUCGCUGAAUCACUGGAGCGGACGCGCGUAUUAGACCAAACCAUCGUAUGCGUCGAUGCAGACGCAUUCUUCUGCUCCGUUGAGGAAAUGUACGAUCCCACUCUGAAAGGCAAAGCCUUUGCCGUCGGUUCAGGCGUCCUAACAACAGCCAGUUACGAGGCGCGAAAAUGGCGAAGCGCAAUGGCCGGUUACAUCGCUACUAAAUUGUGUCCACAUUUAAUAUUUGUGGAACCUGAUUUCAAAAAAUACAAUGCUGCUUCGGAAUCUAUAAUGAAUAUCCUUCGCCAGUAUGACCCAAAUCUUGCGCCCAACUCAUUGGAUGAAUGCUACAUGAACCUAACUGUUUACUGCCGUGAUCAUCAACUGUCAGCUGCCGAGGCUGCUUCACGUAUGCGGCAGCACGUCUUGAAAGACACCGGUCUCACAGUGAGUGCCGGGAUUGGACCAAAUGUGAUGAUCGCCAAAAUUGCGGCAGAUCUGAAUAAGCCCAACGGUCAAUUUGAGUGUCCAUCGACUAAGGAAGAGGCGAUGAAGUUUAUGAAAGAUUUACCAGUGCGUAAAGUGCCCGGGAUCGGUCGAGUGACUGAACGAUGGCUAGAAGUAUUGCAGGUGAAAAAGUGUGGUGAUAUUUGGGAGCAGAGGGCUAAAUUGCUUCUGAUGAGGUCUGAAGUUAGCUUCGACUCGCUACUAAGGGCUUACUUGGGCUUAGGUCAAACCGAUAUUAAGCCAAGCCAAAGGGAAAACCGGCAAAGUGUCGGGUGCGAAACUUCUUUUAAAAGUUUAUCAAAGAAAGAAGACUUCUUUCAAAAACUGAAAGAAUUAUCGACAGAAUUGGCCGGAGAUCUGUCUCGACUCCAGUUUGCGGGCCGUACCUUAACCCUGAAGGUUAAGCUGGAUACGUUUGAAGUCCUGAGUCGCUCCAUCACACCUGCAAUACUUGGUCAAAGGUUGUUAUCAUCAGCUGCAGACCUUUACAAGCAUGCCAAACUACUUCUUGAACGCGAGAUUGAAAGUCGACAUGCGUCUUUUGACCAAGGAAAGAAGGUACCCGGUUGCAAUGGUGCGCGAGAAAUCAGUAUCAGACUGUUGGGGAUUAAGGUUUCGCAUUUGCAGGACCAAAAAGACCCUGAUCCCGGCAACAAAAAUUCACUGCAAAGGUGGAUUGCCAACCCGACUACCAGUAACAAGGAUGUCCAACUUGUCGAACCACCAGAUGAUGGCACUCAAGAUAGCAAAUGGCAGUGUCCAAUCUGCAAUAUCCAGAUGAUUAAAAAUGACUUGAAAACAUUAAAUGAACACGUUGAUUUGUGUUUAUGGAAUAGUUCCGAGGAAGGAAGACGAGAGCUGGACGAAGAGAGGAAAAGAACGACAAGUGGAAGAGUUCAAGCAAGCAAUUCCUCCUCAGGAUCAAAACUCAAGAGGAAAACGCAGGAUCAGAGCAGGUCUUCAACCGGUUCAUCAUCAUCAGCUAAAAAAGCUAGGGCGGAAGAAGCCAAUAAUCCUUCUGGUAGCAAGAAACAAGAGAAAUCAAUGUCCAUUUUAGAUUGGUGUCAGAAGCCGCCGGGUAAAUAA